ACAACAACAGCAGCACAUGUGAGCGAAGCUGCGGAACAGCCGUGAUGUUUUUCGGUUUGAAAGAAAAAGUCGGGCAGGUUCUGUUACCAGGGGAUGAAUUCUCCCCGGAGACCGACGACACCAUCUCUCUAACGGAUCACGUUAAACCGGAGAAGGUGGUGUGCGGUCCGGGUCUGCGGCGGAGCGGAGACCGGCUGGUGGUGUGUAAAAGCGGCGUCCUCCGCCACAAACAGCCCAACAUGUUCUGGAUCGAUUCCCAGCAGAGGAGGUAUGUCCCAGCUAAAGGAGAAACUGUCAUCGGCAUUGUGACGGUCAAAUCAGGAGACGUCUUCAAGGUGGACUUUGGAGGAAGUGAACAGGCGUCUCUGUCCUACCUCGCGUUUGAGGGAGCGACCAAGAGGAACCGACCCAACGUCCAGGUGGGGGACCUGGUGUUCUCGCAGUUCAUCAUAGCCAAUAAGGACAUGGAGCCGGAGCUGGUGUGUAUCGAUAGUUCAGGACGAGCCAAUGGGAUGGGAGUAUUUGGGGGAGGAGGUCUGCUCUUCAGCGUCUCUCUGGGACUCGUCAGAAGGCUGCUGUCCCCCCACAGCGAGGUCCUGUCCGACCUGCAGCAGCUCUUCCCCUGUGAGCUGGUGGUGGGGAUGAACGGUCGAGUGUGGGUGAAGUCCUCCACCGUCCAGCAGACGCUCGUCAUCGCCAACCUGCUGCAGAGCUGCGACACCAUGACGGCCCAGCAGAGACGGCAGCUGUUCAGGAGGGUGGCACAGGGGGCGCUGUAGACCACGGCAGGCUGCGGGUGCAGAGUCCAGAUCCUCGUGUUUGAGACCGGGAUGGAGCAGGUUUGUCUCAUGGACCAAAAAACUGAUCCUCUGUCAGUUUAACGGAGCGCCAACGUAAACGAGACAUUGUCUCUCAUUCAUUUACUUCAUGAUAUCUGACUUCUUCAAUGUUUGAUUUAUCAAUACAUAAAAUGGGUCUUUAAGUCACUUUAAGUCACUUUACGUCUCAGAGAAGCCUCACGUUGUAUUUUAGAGAUGUUUCCAUCAUUUCUCAAGAGUUUACUUUGUGUGUCUGAAGGUUUUCAUCACAUGACAGAAAUUACAGACUGAAGUCACAUGAUGAUAACUGAAAUGUUUCCAUGACAACUGAGGAAGAGAUGUAGCUGAUUUACCUUCUUUACGUUUCUGUCCUUUAAACACAGAACCUGAAGGGUUCCGCUGACCUGCUUCAGUCAGCUUCAGUCUGGUUUCUGUGUCAAUCAGGAUCUACCUAAACCCUAAAAGUCCCGAAGGCGGGUUUGUUGUUGUCGUUUGCUCGUCUCUCAGGACAGGACAGGUGUAAACAGUCACAUGAUGUUUAAAUCUGCAGCGUGUUAUUGAGGACAACGUGUUGAUGAAUGUUGCUGUUAGUUUUAUCUAAUAAAACGUGUUGCUCAGA